AUAAAGUUCUUUAAGUUUUUGUUUUGUUGUUACUACUAAGUGGCAAUUGCCCCAACUCAAUUAAACUAAAGUACUCAAAUAAAAUAUAAUAUUACGUAUUUAUUUUAUUUAAUUAGAAAAAAAAAAACAAUAAUGUCGUCAACAUUACCGCCAAACAAUAUAUUACAGAAAGUAUUGGAUAUCCCCAGUGUACUUUCUCACUUGUUGGAAACUAAUAUUAUAGGUAGGUUGCACUAUUAAUUAUUCUACUAAAAAUUAUUAACUAUACAUUAUUAAUGUGCGUAUUUAACAUUGAAAUAGAUAUUAGCAAUUGCAAAAUUUUGGGGCAGGAACAAAAUGGAGAAUUUAUCCUUUGUUGGAACUUGAAAGGACAAGAAGGUUCUUGUACAAUAGUAGCACUAUUUUUUUACACUAUAAAAAAAAUACAGGUGAGUAAAAUUUUAAUUUAAUGUUUUAACCAAUUGCUCAAAUUUACUACCUACCUACAUCAAUGAAUUUAUUUGUUAUGUAAUGUACUAAAAUAUCAAUAUUUCUUGAUAUAAAAUAAGGAACAAGUUUACUUUAUUGGACAGUUUUUUUUUUAAAUUUAUUUCUGUUUAUUUCUGAGAAAACGUAUUUUUCUACAGUGAUUCUGAUAAUAUUUGAAUUUUUUUGUGGAAAACAUUUAAGAAGUUAUAACAAAAAAGACAAUGUUUAUUAAGCUGAAGAUGAUAGUGCAAUCAGAAUUUUUCAGAAACUAUUAUUUUUGAAAUCAUUGUGAUUUGAAUAUUGUACAUCAGCGGAACAAUUGCAGAUGUAACGUUGCACAGCCACUUCAAACUCAAGGGGGGGGGGGCAGUUGACUAACGAGUUUCACCCACAUAUCCAAAUUACUACUAUUACAAUGAUGAUUGAUGAUAGUGUUCUAAACGUGAACUUAAACCUUGCUACAGACCAGGUUCAUGUCUAACUUGUAAAAUCAUCAACUUUAAAUGUCUAUCAAUUCUUUUAAUAAUGGUUUUGAAAAAAAAAAAAUCAAAAUAUAGCUGGUAAAGUAGAAUUAUACUUAAAAUAGUUUUUUUUUAACUUUACAGGUUUUAAUGAAGUUCAGACGUUUAGUAAAUAUUGUUCAAGCAUCUAUUAACUACAAAAAUUCCAUUCUUGGUAAUAUUAGUAAUAUUAUCAUUUUUUAUAAUUUGAUACCUACUCAUAGAUUCAAAUCUAACAAAUUUUAAAAUUCUUCUAGGCUAUGUUACUAAAGAAGCAUUUGAAGACUGUAUGGAAUACUAUCGUGUUUUUGUUGUUCAUCUUAGUAAACCUAAUUUAGAUCCUGUCGAUUUGAAUAUUAACAACCGCCAUCAAACAAUGAUUCAGUUUUUAUAUAGAAAACGUAAACAGCCAGAUAAUGAUCGCUUUUUAGUAUUUAUUCAUGAAACUUGUAAGUUAUUUUAUAAAAACAAAUUUUGUACUUAAGUUAAUAUUAAAACAAAAUUUUUACCUAACAUUUGCAAAACAACUUCUAUUUAGCUAUAACACUUUAUCAAGUGGAGGAAACCACUGCUGAUAAUGUAAAGGUGAAUCAUUUUUAUAACCGCAUGCUCAAAAGUGUUUUUUUAUUUUAUUCUUUAGUUAUUAAUCAUUAUUAUAAUACAUUACUUUACUAAACCUAUACAAUUUAUUUUUAGACCUGUUUGGAUAUAAAAAAGCAAGAGAAUGUUGUUAAUCAGUUUUCAUGGGCUCAAUGGGAACCACAGUACCAAUGUUUAUUUUAUAUUCAUUAUUCAAAUAUCGCUAACAGUAACACAGAUGAAGCUAGUCUUUCUGCUUUACAAUUUCACGAUGAACCUCAGCAUGAAACAGUGGUAUUUAUUUUUUAUUUGUUAAAUUUCGCAACAUGUUUUGCUUUUAAUAUGUUUAGCAACAUUGAACAAAAAUUGUUAAAUAAUGUUUCAGUUGAAUGUUCCAUUAAAUUUACCAAAUAGAAAAAGAACAGCAGAAAACCUUUUGAAUGGUUAUUUCGAUAUUCCUGUACCAUUAUGUGUUCAUGACAGUAUGCUAGAUGUCCGCGUAUUAUCGGAUGCACGUGGUUUUGUUGCUGUUUGUCAUUAUUAUUUAUAUCAAGUAUGUAUUAUAUCAAAAUAGUCAUAAGUUCAAAUAGAGUUAAUCACCAACUCUUUAAUUUUGUUAUAUCUUAUAUUUCUUGUUUUGAAAUUAUUUUUUUAUUUGAUAAUGUUACUUCAUAUUAUAAGCAUCACUAGAUAAAAUUUUCAAAAUUGAUGAAUAGUUCAUGAAUUACUAUAUAGUAUACAUGUAUGCAUAAAAAAUGUAUACAUAAAAAUAAAAAUAAUAAAUCAAAAAAUGAAUGUGUAGCCUGGAGUAUUAUGAUAAGUGUAUUAUACGACUGGUUUCGAAUUAAAAAUUCAUCAUUAGGUAUAUCGCUGUCAAAAUGUAAUCUGCGACUGAAUAUAAAAAAUUAAUUCAAGGAAUACAUAGAAAAAGAAUUAUACAAGUUGGUCGUUUUACAUAGAAAUAAUUUUUUAUAAUAAUAAAUUAUAAUUUAUAUUUAUAUUUACAUUUUUAUUUAGAAUUGGUAUAAUAUUUUUUAAAUUCAAAGCUAGUCGUAUAAUACACUUAUAAUAUUCCAGGAAACACAUUCAUUUUUUUAUUUUUUUUUUUAUUUUUAUGUAUACAUUUAUUUACAAGUAUUAAGCAUUUUAAUAAUUUUGUUUUACUUUAUUAUUUUAUUAAGUAUAUAUAUAUUUUUUAUAAAUAUGUACAAAAGGAAAAACCAUUCAAUUUUUUAUUAUCAGAAAAGAAUAAAGAAUAUUUGUAAUAAUGCAUCUAUUCUCUUUAAUUGAAAAACAAAUUUCUAAAUAAAUACAUGGUUUGACUUAUUGUGAAUUACUUUAGACAACAUAAUAAACAUAUUGUUAAUUUUAGGGUGUUAGUGCUCCAUUGGCCACUGAUCAUUUGAGAACUGUAUAUUUGGCUUUUUCUGUUACUCUUCUUCACCAUGGCAGUGUAGUUCAUUGUAAUAUAGCCAAUGUACCCAUAACUCGUGCCUAUGAAUCUCGUCCAAUAUUCACUAUGCAAGGAGGUAGCUUUAAGUUAAUUUUAAUAGAGUUGAUCAUAUGUAUUUUUUUUUUUUUUUUUGUGAAUAAUUAGUUGCACAAUUAUUUUCAAUGUUGCAUGAGCAAAUUUUAAUUUUGAAAUUGAAAUAUUUUGCAUGGUGUGUUGAGUAAUUUACAGAAUCAUAUUCAUGAUAAUCAUAAGGGGAAUAACAAAGUUAAACUAUUUUUUAAUUAGUACAAUAUUUAUUUAAUUUAUUCUUUAAAAGCUAAUCAGUUCCUCUAAACAAGUUCAUUUGGGCCUAUAGCAAGAAUAAAAAUAAAUAGAAUUUACAAAAGAAUUAGGUAUAUCUAAAAGAUUUGUUUCACAAUUUAUUGUCAGAAAAUAUUUAAAUAUGUAUUAAGAUAAACAAAAGUUAUUAAUUAUUUAUGUCAUAUAAAUUAUGUAAAAAAAAAAAUUAGCAUCAAGUAUCUAUAAAUUGUCAAGGGUGUCAGUAUGUCACAGUUUACUGCUAAUACAAGUGUAAAUAGUAUAUGAUUUUUUGACAAUGAUAAUCAUGGAUAGAUAUGCAAUGGAUAAAUACAAAUAAUUGUUAUUAUUAUUAUUUUAAGUGGAUAAGUGAGCUCAAACAUAAGAUAAUACGUGUAUGAUUAAGAAUAUAGAUGAAAGUUGAUUACAUAUAAGGUAUCCAUGAAGACAGUUAAGCGUGAUUUAAUUUAACUCCUCCUUAACUAGUAUAUUUAUUUAACACUUAAUUACAUUCACAUGUGUACUCUGUACACCAGUAUUUCUAUUUAUUUUAGGAUACAACAUUGGUUUCUGUGUAAACCAAAUUGAUGUAUAAAAUACACCGCACAUGUAAUUAUUGAAAAAAAUAAUUGCGCGUGUAGUUUGGACUAAAAAAAAAAAAAAGUAAUGACGAUUUGAUCACACUGUCUAUUAAGUCUUUGAUCUCCAUUUUUGUUUGUGUACCCAUACUUUCAUUAGAGUACAGCAUUUCUACCAUAUAAUUAAAAUUUCUCAUCAGUACAGUUUGGUCCAAUUUUUCGAAUUUUUGCAAACCUGAAUUCAGUUCCACUCUGAUUAUGCUCACAUUUGAGCUAAUUUUGUAUGCCAAUGCAAGCAUAACAAAGAGUUAAGCUCUCACAUCACGGAUAGCGUGAAAGUGUGCAUUGUGAAUUGGCAACAAUCUCAUCAAAAUGACAAUGGGUUGGACUAGUGUUUCUCAUAAUAUUGUUGGCAUGCAUAGUCCUUGAUAUUUUUGACUGGAAUAUAGCACAAGGAGUGAAGUGUUUGCGGAAAGAUCUUGUGUCUAGUAUAUACACUCACUCCAGAAAUAUCUGAUCCAAGAGUUUAUUAAGACUACCUGUAGUGGAUAUGCUAACUUAUGAUGUUAAUGAUGAAUAUAUUAGUCAAGCAUGUUGAUAUUUUGAUCCCUGUAUAAAAGAAGAUGUUAUAAAAUUUCUAAAAUUAUUUAAUAUGCAAGUAACAUAAUAUAUUUUAAGUGCUAUAGCCAGUUAUAACUAGUCACAGACAAUAUUUUUAAUGAUUUACCUGUAAAAUGUAAUUAUAUAGUUAAUUUUUUUAAUAUCUAGUAAGAGCAUUGACUAUCAAUACCUUUAUAAAGAUACAUAAUUUUUAUAAAAUUUAAAUCCAAGUAUGGUACUAAAGCAGUAAUGGGGGCACAUAACCACUGUUUUAGCUUGACUAUUAAAAAACACAAGUUGCAAAAACUUUUUUUUUUUUUAAUAAAAAUAUUUUCAAUUAUGCCAUUAGGAGGCAUUUGACGAAGAAAUAUAAUGGUCAGUUCUAAGUUGAUUAUAAGUUAUAAUCAUCAGUUUUUCUUUUAAAUUUUGUAUUCAUUAAAAAUAUAAAUAUAUUUUAAUUCAUAUUAAAAGUUAUAUCCACUGGUCUCACUAUAGUAGUCAUUCUUAUGUCAAAGAUUACGGAGUCACACAAGGUACUUCACUACUUCAUUCUUAAUUGUUAAUAUAUAAUGCUAAUUAAAGUCUAGGGUAAUUGGAAAAAAUUAAAACAAAAAAUUUGAAAAUCAAUGAUUGAAUGGAAAAAAUCACUUUACACAAGUAAAUCAGUACGCACACCAAUAGUCACAAGCCAAUACAGCUUUCAGAUGAACAUACCUAUAAUACAUAAAUGUAACAUUAAUAUGAUCAGUUACAACUAUAAACUAAUUAAAAUGGUAUUAUCAUUUAAAUAUUUAGGAAUAACAAUAGAUUUUGCACUGAAAUGGUUAGAUCAUAUACAGAUUAUUAAAAAUUAAAUGAGAAGUUUUAAUAAAACUAAAUAACUAAUCUCAUGGAGCACAAAAAAGGGAUGAGUAAUCAUAAUCAAAUUAUUUGUGUAUUUAUGUAUUAAACAAAAUACCUGGGGGAGUAGUGAGACAUCAAAAAUUGAAAGUUCAACAAAUAAGGUCCACUCUAAAAGCAGAUUGUACAUUUUUGGAUCUAUACAUAAAAAUGUUGAUUUUGUUAACUUUCUAUGCAUAUUAGGAAUUAAUAUUCAUAAUUACUUAGUAUUGUAUCAGUAUUCUAUAAUAUUAUUAAUGAUUUUAAUAGUAUAAUUAACUGGUACUUUGUAAAAUAAUUUAAUAUACUGUUGUAUUUAGUUUUGGUUCUUAUAAUUAGUGUGCAACUAUACCGUAUUGAGUAGUAUUAUGAAAUAUCCAAUGUAAUUUUAUUGCUACUUUUGAUAUUAUUUGUCAUCUACAUCAAUUAUUAAGUAGAGAUGUGUAAAAGGCUUACUAUUCUUUCAAUACCUGUGCUAAUAUAAAAUUAUUUUAUCUUCCUUCUGAAAAAAUGUCUUAAAUUUACUUCUGGUAAAAAUUUGUAUUUUGUUUCGCUUAUUAUUUUAAGUCAUUUAUUGAAAUCUGUUUGAAAGUUUUUGAUUUUAUUAAAUAUUUAUCUAUUAUUGCUGUUUUUAAUACUUUUUUCUUUUAGUAUUAUUUAUUUAUGAUAGUAACCAUUGUAUAAGAUACUAAAUAUUAGUUAACAUAUCCUGUUGUAUAUAAUUAUUUUUAUACUAACUCGAAGGAAUUUAAAAUUAGCUAUGAUUAUUUUGAAGGAAUAAAAUAUAUGUAAUAUAUUUUUAUUUAAAUGUAAUAUUAAAAAUACAAAGGUUGGAUUAACUAUUACUAGUUGACAAUUUGACUUGAGAAACUAAAUUUUUGUUUUUUAAGGUUACUUAGGUCUACUAAGGUUCAUAAGUUUUUUAUAAUAUAAAUAUAAAUCCUAAGCAACUUUAAAGAAUUUUUAUUUUUUUUCGUGAAAAUAUUUUUAAAAAAAAUUUGAUUAAAAUUUAAAAUUCAACAGUGAAAGCUAAAUUAAUUUUUAAUUUAUACCUGUCUGACACAUUUAGCCAUUGAAAGAAUUAAUAUUAUAUAUUAGCAUGCUUACUGAAUGAAUAUAUAUGUCUACUAUUUUUUUAAUCAUUUAGUUAAUUUGAAACAAAUUUUUUUUUAUUGUAGAUCAGCAUUUGUUGGUUCAUUUUCCAAAUAUGUGUACCUUACUUUUGGACGUAGGCCCUGACCAUGAACCCAAUUGCCACAUUGUUAUACCCUGUGUGGAUGAAAACAGAAGUUGGAAAAGCACCAUUGCUACAACAAUUGGGUCUGCGGGUACAGUGGUUGAUUUGUCCACGAUGGCUGUGUACGAAAUAAAAGUUACUAAACGUCAUUUAAUAGAUGCAUUUAAAAGACCAGACGCCUUGCAUGUGAAUCAACAAGCCAUAUUGCACUAUUUCAUUGUACACAGGAGAGAUAUGGAUGUCGUUAAUCAAGUAAUUUUAUUUAAUAUUAUUAUUAUUAUUAUUAUUAAUUAAUAACAUGAGAAGCAUAAUGGUUUUUUUAAAUUUUGUAUAGCUUUUAAAUUCAGUUGUGGACAAUGGUUUGAAUAUAAACUGUUCAAAGUUGCUACAAGAAAUAUUAGUUGGAAGCGCUUUUGCUCAAGUUAAGCGCAAUUUAUUGUCUGAUGCUGUUAGCCUUGCAAGAUAUUUACCUAUUACAAUAUCUAAACAUAAUAUACCAAUAGAAGUUAAGGUAGUUAAUUUUUUAUAAACAUAAAUGUUAAAUUUAAUAACAAUUAUUGUUAUAAUUAUCUUUCAUAGUAUUUAGUGUUAAUAAUUAUUUUUAUGUUUUAAAAUUGUGAUAAACUUUUUAUAUAGGUGAAUGGUUAUACACUUACACUGUCUCAAGAAACACUAGAAAAUCCUAGGGUCAUGUUAUUGUCUCCACGACAAAGACUAAUACCAUUUCGUGAUGACCUGUGGACAAGAUUAUGGGAACUUUUACCUGGUGGAUCUUUUGCAGAAGAUAAUGCUUCUUCAAGACCUGAAAUGCCUCGUUUUCUGAAUAUAAAUGUUGCUGUUAAACUCAAUGUUUCAUUAGUGUGUUACCAGGUAAAGGAUAUUUUUAUUAGUUGUGAAAUUUACCUAUCUUGUAAAUUAUGUGCAGCCUGAAGUUCUUUCUCGGUGCAGUACUCCUUUGUCGCCUGGAGGAUCAAUGUUAGCCAACAGUAUUGCUAACAUUGCCAUAUCUGAUCUGUCACACUCGUUACAAACUUCUUCAGUGCAAUUGCCUUUUGUGGACCUUGAUGCUUCAGCAGCAAGUAAACAAGAGCAUGUCAUCUCAGUUGUAAGUUAAAUUAUUUAAUAAUAAUGUUAACCCUUAAUAUUUUAUGAUUAAAAAUAUUUAAAUUUUAAUUGAUGUCUUUCUACAGAACCUGAGAGAACUUAGCAUGCAUUUGUUAAAACAAAGUUCGUUGUAUUCCAACAAAUUGCGUAGCCGAUACAUGUCUGAACCCAAUGCGAUGCAUGUGCAUGCUGUGGCCACUAAGUAUGCAUCGUCACAGUUGGAAAUAUCUAGAUCACUAUGUGCUCAUCUAACUCUAGCUGCUGGUGUAGAUGUUAGACUUCACAAACAUAUUGGUUUCCAGUUGAUGUAUGUUAAUAUUAUUAUAGUUGUACAUUGUUAGUGUAACUAUUUGAUAAUGUGAUUGAUUUUAUAAUGGGUUCAAUUUAUUAUAAGUAUCCUGUAAAACCAAUGGCACUAUUAUGUACUUACAAUUUUUGUAAACUACAAUUUAUUAUACUUUUUUUAAAUUUCAGUGAUAAUAUUGAAGACGACCAACGUCGAUCUCUGUUAAUGGUGUUGCAGAGAUUUGCUCAUGCUACAGACACAUUAGCUUUCCCGUUACCUCAAGGUUUUCCAUCAUUCAUCACAUUCCUCGGUUAUAGAGUCAUGUCACCCACCAUGUUUAAUCAGUUUAUUCGGUGCAACACAUUUUCGCUCAAUGUAGAUGUCAUGAAGAAAAUUCUUGUCGGUAUGCAAAUUUGUUUCUUUUUGUUAAUUAUCAUAGGAAAACGUUAAAUUCUAGAAUGUUAAUUUUUCAAUCUGUUAUUAUCAAAAGCACAUUUCUCAUUUGUAGUUUAAAAGUCGAAAAUUAUUGAGUGGAACCAUUAACCUAUUGAAUAAUUAUCAGAAGUAGUUGCCUACUAAGUAAACUAUUCAGUAUUUAUUGUUUUUUUUAUUUAUAAAAAAAAAUAUAUUAAAGAAAAUUCAAUGGGUUAUGUUACAAAUUGACAUAUAUGUAUUGUAUGGAAAAGGUUAAAUUAUAAUAUUACUUUCUUGAUUUUUUUUAUAUAAUAUUACCCAGACUUAAUAGUAACACAAUUAAUCAGUAAUAAAAAAAAAAAAAAAAAUGGAAUAAUCAGAGGAGUUCAAAUAAAUAAAAACUAAAUUUCUGAUUGGUGACAAUAAUUAUUAUUUGGUAAAGUCCUAAAAAUCAUUAUUAAAUAGUAAAUAUUUUUAAUAGACAUAGUAGACAAUAAAGAAGGAGUGUUGAAAAAAAUAGAUCUGAUACAAAGUUUACCGCAUUCAAGAGCUAAACGGUUGAUGAAUCAAUGGUCUCACCCUGUGUCUGUAAUGUUGAGAGCCAGAGAACAUGCCGCUGAGAUAUUAGGUGGUAUGUCUAUUAGAACUUCCAAUUACCGCCGAAAUGUUAAAUAUCGAACAAAUUCUGGUUAGUGUUAUACUCUGGUCAACCUUGUUUUAUUUAGUAAUUUUAAAUAUUAUAUUUUACAGGUGUAACAUCAGCUUUUCCGUCUAAACUUCGUAUGUCGCCACUUGAAACAUUUCUAGAGCUCUUAACUGCUAAAGGCAAGUAUACUUCCUAUUUACUUACUAAUUUUUCAAAUGUUAAAAUACCUGAACAAUAGGUAUCAUAAAGAUUAACUUGUUUAAAAAUAUAAUUUCAUACAAAAAUGUUUAAAUAUUGCAUUUAAGAUAAAAUAAAAUAAAUAUUUUACAAAUGUCCAUUUAAACUUAAAGUAUGAAUAUAUUUCAAAUAAUUGAUUGUACUUUUUUUUUUUGUUUCAGCUAUGUUAGCUGAUAUUGAUUACAAUCUUCUUGUUGAUGCUACUGUGGCAUCCACCAAAGAAAAUAUGUUCAAUUAAAAACUGAAUUAUUAAAUUUAUAUUCUGUGGUAUUUAAAAUUAUUAAGACAAACAUUUUUACAAUUGUUGUGUAUAUAUUAUAAUAAUAUAAAACCAGUCAAAUUUAAUUAUGUAAAUAAUUAAUAACAAAUCCAUAAAAAAAACUAAUACUAAUAAAGUAGUAUUUGUAUUUAUAAAGUAUAAGAUUUAUAAGAAGAAGUCCAACCAGUCGUAGUAGUCCAUUGUGGUAACUUAUUUAAAAAUGUCUUCAAUUGAGGUGUAUAUUGAUGUGGACCAUGCAUUCGAUGUCCAGAUAAUCCCACUUCAAUUUGGGGACCUAUAUGAUUUUCAGGAACCUAAAUAAAAAUUUAGUAUAUUGU